AUGCCAGGAAAGCACAGCAAGGACGCAGAAAGUCAUUCAUCCAACAAGAGGAAGGGAUCAGACGAAAGGAGCAACAUCGACGAGAAAAUUAAGAACGCCAUGAAGAAGUAUCAGAAGGAAGGCGAGGGAACAGAGGAGGAGCGAGAGGACGAAAACUCCCCACUCAAUUCAGAGAUACAGUCGGUAAGGUUUCCUUCGAGGUUUAUAUUACCAACUUUUGAGCCUUUUGAUGGAACAGGAGAUCCGAAAAGCCACAUCUCGAAGUUUAAGACAAUCAUGAUGCUACAAGAUGUAACUGAUCCUAUACUGUGUAGAGUGUUCCCUGCGACGUUAAAAGCAUCGGCGCAAAAAUGGUACUCAUGUCUCAAGGCAGGGUCAAUAAGUUCUUUCUCCGACUUAGCAUCAGCAUUCAAAGCAAGGUUCAGAACAAAUAUCACCAUGCAGAAGAGCUCCAGCGACUUGAGGAAGUGCAAGCAAGGAGAGCAGGAGACCCUCAAAAAUUUCGUAGAAAGAUUCAACAAGGAAGCAGUUCAAAUCGAAAACCUGAACCAUGACACAGCCAUCGAAGCAAUGAAAAUGGGAAAAAAUUUUGAAGAACUCCGUGACAAGAUCCUGAUGAAAAAGCCAACCACCUUUCAAGAGUUAAUGCUAAUCGCUCAUAAAUAUGUGGAACUAGACGAAGCCCGAAGAACCCUCACGAAACAACAUGAGCACACCAAGCAGGAUAGUUCCAGAUAUCGAGGAAAAAAGGAAGAAGAAAGGCCACGGACUCAGCGAUAUGGCGCAGGGCACAGACCCUACGAUUUCACCCCGUUAAAUAAAGCCCCAUUAUACAUACUCAGCUGGAUGAAACAAAACCGAGUGAUGUUCAACACACCCCGGAAGAUGGAUCCUGACAUCCAGAGAGACAAGAGCAAAUACUGUCGUUUCCACGAGGGCUAUGGCCACGACACGGACAGAUGCUGGGACCUCAAGAGAGAAAUAGAGCAGUUAAUUCAGUCUGGACUUUUGAAGAAGUUUGUCAACGACAGACCCGGAGACAAAAGGAAAGGGGAGUCAACAGAGAAAGAGGAACAAAACAAGGAGCAGAAAGAGGUCGCAGGCGUAGUAAACGUGAUAGAAGGAGGAGAGCCCUACAACAGUAAUCAGAAAAAGAAAAGGAACAGAAGAGGGUCGGCCACGGUGUUCGCAAUUGGAAGAGAAGUAAUCCCUGAGAUAUCGUUCGGGCCAGACGAUGGACAUCGCGUGAAGGGACCACACAACGAUGCGUUGGUGAUAGAAGCCAUAAUCAGAAAUCACCUAGUAAAACGGAUACUGGUAGAUGAAGGCAUUUUUAUGAACCUAUUAACCUUGGAGGCAUUCAAAGAGAUGAAAGGCUCAGCAACAGACCUGCGGAAGUCCUCAGUCCCACUAGUAGGCCUGGGAGGGGCACCAAUACGUCCGGAAGGAACAGUGAGUUUAUACGUAGAAUUGGGAAACAGAAGUGAAGGGCCAGUCAAAAAGAUGCAUGCUCAGUUUAAUGUAGUAGACCUUCCCCUGGCAUACAACAGCAUACUUGGCAGACAAUUCUUAUACCAGUCGGGAGCAGUGACUAGCAUUAGACUGCUGACCUUGAAAAUGCCAACGUCAUCAGGGAUAGUAGUAGUCAGAGGAGACCAGGAGAUGGCUAAGGAAUGCUGCUUAGUAACGACAAAAGAAGAUGAAAGCUUGACUAUUGAGGAGUUCCCAGGAGACGCAGUAGAAGAGGAAGAGUCACAAGGAGCAGAACCAGUAGGCGUUAUGAAAGAACUUCACCUAACUGAGACCAAGACUGUCAAUGUAGGCACUGAUGUACCAGAAAAGAUAGCCCAGGAACUAACAGGGAUACUAAAAAAGAACGUAGAGUCUUUUGCCACUGAACCAACAGAGAUUGUGGGAAUCGAUCCCAAAGUAGCGUCGCACAAGCUGAAUGUGAUCCCAGGGAGCGUACCCAAGGUCCAAAGAAGAGGAGAUUCACUGAGGAGAGGCAGAAGAUAA